CCGAUUACUUCAUCGUCAUCAAGAAGGAUUCUUCUUUCUCCACAACAAUAUAUAUAUAAUUGAUGUAAAGAUAAUCGAGAGUACUAAUUUUUUUUUCUUCCUAUAACGUUCAUGGCAUACGUACCAUUGUUGUCUUACAGCAGGUUUUACCACCGUAUCUAUUCGUAGUGUUUAACCUUUCGCUAAAAAAAACAAAUAUUGUUCGCUCAUUCACAACAUUAUCCAAAAAAACAUGAAAAAAUCGUCCAUGAGAAAAAAGGAUUCUCGGAUCGAACGAAUUAAAGCAGCGGAAGUUCUAAGAAAAGUUCCAACGGCUUCCAUGAUGAAAAAAAAAGCAGAAUGCGACAGGAUAGCCCUGAAAAUUGUUGAGCGAAUGACCGAACCGCUAGUAGAUUCGGAUUGGUUAAUUAAAAACUUACCUUCCAUAAACCGAUCCCACAUGGAAGACGUUGCAGAGGAGAGAUCCAUCGUUAAACUUUGCGGCUAUGUAUUGUGCGACAAUCCCUUGACCAAAGUCGUGAAUAAGCAGUAUCAAAUAUCAACUUUGAGGAACAAAGUUUAUGAUGUGGGAAAGGUGAAAAAUUACUGCAGUUUUGGUUGCUAUAGGGCGGCCAAGUUCCUGAUGGAACAGAUACAGACAAGUCCUUUGUGGCUGCGAGACCAAGAACAAGCGCCGUAUUUUGAAUUGAUGGAAAAAACAAAUAAUGGCGAUCGCUCGAGUCCGCCAGGAGUAGAAAUUAAUUUGACAGGGUUUGAUAUUUCACGUGAAUACGACUCGAGUGAGAAAAACUUGCUUGAUUCGAAGGAAGUUAUUUCGGCGAAGACAGAGCUAGAAAACUCCUUGAGUAUCUCCAAAGAGACGGAUAACUUUGGUUUAGAGUUGGAGCAGAGAAGAGAAAAUACUUUGGGAACAAAGUCGGGGGCAGAAAGAAAAAAGGAUUCUGAAGAAACUAGCUGUGACAUUACGAUAUCAAAUAUCCAACAACCGCAGAUCACGUUAAAUAUAUGCCUCAAUUCCAUCAACAAAUCCAGCUUGUCCCAAGAUGACCGAAAGAAUAAUUGUGAUUCGGUGAAAGAAUCUUGGGAAAAUUCGUCUAAAAGUCUUGAAUCCGGUUCAUAUGAAACACCUGAAAAAUCAACGAAACAACCUCGAAGAACAAAAACAUGUCAAACGAAGAAUAGAUUUUAUUACGAGUCGUUGGGUUCGCGAAUUGAAAAAAAAUUUCGGGAAUGGAUAACUGAUAAAACCGUGUGUCUUUUGCACGGUCAAGUUGAAGAGAAACAGGUAAUUGUGGAACGCAUCAAGAGGGAAGAGAGAUACGAGAUUUUGUGUAAAAAAUUGAACAGAUUGCAAAUCGAUGAAGAACGAGAGGCGAUAGAAAAUCGGGGAAAACUUGAACCAGCUCCUAAUUUUUUGGCACUACAGAAAGAAGCUCGGGGACUCGAACUAAAGGUUCGAGCCUUCUGGCAAGGACAAACUAUCAUCGAUCAGGAAUCUACGGAAAUGGGUACAUCGAAAUCGCAGCAAGGGGUCGAAGCGGAGGUCAACACCGUUUUACCGGCAAUCGACCUUGGUGCGCCGAACGCUCUUCGUCGACGAAUAUUUAUCGACAAACUGGAUAAAGUUAUGCCCGAAUUGUUGCGAGCUUUGAUCGGUGAAUCGUCCGAUUUGUAUACCACUGAAAUAUGCGCAUGUAUCAAAACCUUGGUCAGCACGUUUGCACUCAACGCUACGAAUAUUACAUUUAAAACUGCAGAGUGGACUUUGGUUGCUCUACUUAUUAUCAAACUACUGGGAUUGAUGGACCAACGGAUCAAAUAUUUAAUUGGCAAUAAACGAGCAGAGAUGUAUAUUUCGAUGAUUCUCAUGUCUUACAAGCUUGAUUCUGAUUACCUCGAUAACGUGAUCAAUGCUUGGACAAGUACCGAGGAUUCGAGUUGAACGGACGGAAUAGUAAGCUGCUUUGAUAUGUAAAAAUGAAAAUAAAAAAUAAUAAUAAUAAAAACAAAAAAAAACAAACAAACAAAAAUAAAAUAAAAGUGGAUUGCCGUUCAACGUGUCAACCAUCAGAAAUCGA